CGGAAGAGGCGGGGCAUCUCCCGGGAGGUUAUGGCGGCGUCGAGGCUGGAGCUGAAUCUGGUGAGGCUUCUGUGCCGCUGCGAGGCGAUGGCGGCGGAGAAACGGGACCCCGACGAGUGGCGUCUGGAAAAGUACGUGGGGGCGCUGGAGGACAUGCUGCAGGCUUUGAAGGCCCAGGCGUGCAAACCGGCCUCCGAGGUAAUCAACGAAUAUUCCCGCAAGGUGGACUUCCUCAAGGGGAUGCUGCAAGCCGAGAAGCUGACCUCGUCCUCAGAGAAGGCACUAGCCAACCAGUUUCUGGCCCCCGGCCGUGUGCCCACCACAGCCAGGGAGCGGGUGCCAGCCACGAAGACGGUGCAUCUGCAGUCCCGGGCCCGGUACACCAGUGAGAUGCGGAGUGAACUCCUAGGCACGGACUCUGCCGAUGAACCUGAGCUGAACGUGCGGAAGCGAACCAGGAUAGCAGGGCCCAGGCCAGCAGAUGAGAAGCAGUCAGAUGCAGAGCUAGAUCUCAUCCUCCAGCGGCACCAGAAUCUUCAGGAAAAACUGGUGGAGGAGAUGCUAGGCCUGGCCCGGAACCUCAAGACCAACACACUGGCAGCCCAGAGUGUCAUCAAGAAGGACAACCAGACCCUGUCACACUCACUCAAGAUGGCCGACCAGAACCUGGAGAAGCUGAAGACAGAGUCAGAGCGGCUGGAGCAGCACACGCAGAAGUCAGUCAACUGGCUCCUCUGGGCCAUGCUCAUCAUCGUCUGCUUCAUCUUCAUCAGCAUGAUUCUCUUCAUCCGGAUCAUGCCCAAACUCAAAUAAAGGUCUGCCCCCACCCCCCACCCCAGGCUCCCCUGUAUGAUAGACAACGAGAUGAGACGAUCUUUGUAAGAGGUCCCCAAGCACCAUGGGGAAUAGGUGACCAGGGGAAGGGAGGAGGUCAGGCUGGGGGGCAGUGAUUCAGCCAAUGCACCCUAUUCCCUCUUGGGGUCAGCCUGCAUUGGCUGAGGCUGGGCCCCCCAGAGACCCCCAAGGAGCCCCCAGCCUGGGAACCUUCAGCCCUGCGGGGUCAGGAUAGGGCCAGAGGGAUGGGCAAGAGGCAGGGCCAUUCUUGGAGGUCUUCCUAGAGGAGGGGGCAUCAGUGCUGGGCCUUCCCUGGGAUUAAUGGUGACAAUUCUGCACCAGCCACAGCAGAAACUUUUGCACAUAUCCUGCAGUCAUUCGUCUCCUCCCAGCUCACAGUCUGACCAUUUCAGAGAACUAGGUGGGGGGGCUAGAGUUGGGACCCUGUAGGUGGCUCGGGGAGCAGAGAUCCUGGGAGAAGGGCAGGCCUGGCCCUCCUCCCCCCACUGCAGCCAUCCAUCAAGGGGCACAGCCUGCGGCAGGGAGACCAUGUGACAGCUACGUGGUGUGUCUGUCCUGGACAGUGGGGAGUGGAUCCCCCAGGAACAGGGGUGCAAAACCACCAGGUACAGAAUUCAUAAAAAGAACAGCUUAUAGUGAAGGAGGCUCAUGCCCGAGACAAAGGGAGGGUUCAACCUUAGGUACAAACCCCAAUAACAGAAUUUACCACUUAAUGAGCCAGAGAACAAAAUUGGAGGCGCCGAAGCAGGGAUUUAUGCGGCUCAGUUUCCAUUAUUGGUUCUCUUAAAAAAGGAGUGGACGGAUAUUUUCCUAACUUAAUGGAAAAACCUCAAACCAAAAGGCAGCACCAAGAUUAAUAGUCAAAUACUGGAAGUUCUUCCCACAGUUCCUUCUGCUUCCCUCGAGAUUUAUUACUAUUCUGGAGAUACUAGAAAAUUCUAUUAGACAAGAAGAAGAAAUUGGACUUUGAAAUGAGAAAAGGAAGAAAAAAGAGGAGGCAAAAUUAAUUGCGCUGUGUAUAGGAUAGACCCAAGCAAAUUGACUAAAAAGCUGUGUCAACAAGAUAAUUCAGUAAAUUAGAAAGGGACAUACUAGGUAUUUAAAAAUUGAUUUCCUCCAACAACAAAAAAAAGCUGCAAAAUAUAUUGAAAGAUCCUAUUUUUAAUAGUAACAAAUAAGAUAUAUUAUCUCCUUGUUACACUAAUUUCCCUGAUAUAUGGAGAGCUCUUAAAAAUAAAGAGGAAAAAUUAGAAGAUUUGCAAAGGAUAUGAACAGAAAAAUGUAUAUAUAAGUGGUUUUUUUAACGUGUUCACUCAUCAGAUUAGCCAAGAUUAAAAACUUUGAAAACGCA